AUGUUAGUACCUGGCCAAUCCAUGUCCUUGUCGUUGAGCGUAUGGAACAUAACCAGACCUUUUUGCUUCCACAAGAUAGUUGCUUCCGAGGUAAUCAGCUUCAUCGAAAAGCAUUUGAACGAUGAGGUAGUUGAUGUAUUUUUCUCUGUAGUAUUGAUUAGCAAAGAGUAUGUUCAAAAAUCCAAUAUAUGACGGUUGUGUAAUGAUCACCUCUUUGAUCGACUUCUGGUAUUUCUCAGAAUCAACCACUACGUCGGCAGCGAACUUCUUCAUGACUUUUAGAAUAGCUUUUGAACGAUCAUCCAAUUCGUUAGCGAACUGGGGUUGGACAUAGAAUUCUCGAGGCAUUGGCAAUGUAGGCUGUGAAAUAUACAGUGCGUUUUUGGUGAUACUCUUAUGAUCAACAGUCACCCAUGCAGACAUGAACGUUCCGAGAGCUCGUUCUUGUUCGACAUAGCCGAUUGCUCCAAAAAGAUCCAAGUCCGAGUCGAUUUUAUGUUCAAGGAAGGGUACGCCUCCAAAUCGCUUUUUUAUGUAUUCGAGAAGCUCUAUAGCACUUUUCUUCGACUUCUUUCCACUAUGAUCAACGCACGAUUGAUAAGCUGCUUUAGUGAUUCUUUCUGUCUCUGACCAUUUGUCGUCGUCGAUAUCGACAUCAUUGAGUGCUUCGAUUAUGUCCUCAUUCACUUUUUGCUGUUCCUUAGUGUAUGUUGUAAAGCGACUGACGCCCAGUUUUUCGAGAUCAACCUGUUCCAUGAACUUAUUGCAUGUGAAACUGUAGAAAUCCUCACAUGGAUCGAAACGUUCAUCUAUUCCAAACAGAAGAUUAUCAGCUGCCUCUCGAAAACGUUGCGAAAUCCCUACUUUACUGCACAUUUGCACUUUGGUAUUGAAUAUCGAAUGCUGGAGUUGCAGUGUUCAACUUUAUUCCUUUCAAGUAAGUAG